GAAAUCAGGAUUGGACCUGCAGGAAGUUCCUACCCGAUAAAGGCAACACUAGGCCUACACUGUGUGAACUUUGUCGGUUUUCUCUUGACAAACGAGUUAUUUUAUCAUGAACAGUGAACCUUUAGUUGAACCGUGUAACUAUGAUCCAUCUUUCAAAGUUGACAUACGCUCUCAUGAGCCUUUGUGGUGUUGUACCUUGACUUCCUCGGACGUCCUUGUGGAGAUGUGCGCACUUCUCUCUCAGCUAGAAUCAAUUUGUAGAAAAGAAACAGAGCCUAUCACACAACCUGUUGGAAAAAGAAAGCGUCACUAUAGCAACACCUUUCAAACUCAUGGAAUGGUACUUAUCGAGAGAAUGACUAACUUACUGCAAAAGACGUGCUCACCAGUUCCAAAAUUAUUAGAUUACCUUGAAAGGAAUGGCUGUGGCGUCCUGUUUCCAAGAGCUGUAUCAUACGUUACCAACCCACACACAAAGAUCACUCCAAUAAAACAGGCACCAAUGGACGGACAUUUUAACCAAGCCAGUGCUUUGAACCAACUAAUUGCCUUAUGUUAUCAACUACAACACGAUAUUACAAGCCUAUCAAACCACAAAUACAUAGCACAUCAAAUUGCACUGGUUUAUCAAUCAAUCAACCAGCUUGGUAACCCCAAGGUACUGUUGGACCACCGGACAAGCAUUGAGACUACCUUCAAGAAAGUCAAAGCUGAACUGGAGCGGGAAGGCGAAACAACACCACAUCUUAACGCUGAUUUAAUUUUUUGGCUGCAAAAUUUAACAUCCUCUCUUGUUCAGUCAGUAAAGACGUUGUCAGCUGACUUAACCGGCCAAAUGAGGCCUGCAAUGAAAUUCAUCUUACAGUCAACAUCUUGAAAAAUAAACCCUGACCCUUGAACUGUGCAUAAAAUGGUGGAAGAUACUUUGUUUUCAUGGUAAAAUAACAAUAUUUAAACCAACAAUACAGCACUUAAAUGUAUUUAAUUAUGUUGAGUAUCACUAAUGUCUUUUAGUUGAGUUUAUUUGUGUACAAGGAAACUAAAUCAAAUGUGUAUAAGAAACAUGUAAAUAUUUGGUGUAUAGAAAAAGCAAUAAAUGUAGAAGACAUUUGGGAUGGAGGAUAUCUCAAGUUGUAUUAUACUUUUCUAAACAUGCUUGCACAGUAUCCACCAAAACAGAAGUGUACCCGGCUUGAAAGACCCCUGCUAAUUAUGGCAAUGUGUCAUUAAUGGCUGGCCAUCCAUGCUGCCAAGAAUGAUUCGAACCCAUAUGCUCUGAAUAAAUAUGUUUGUGCCAGGA